AUGAUAAUAAUUUCUUUAAUGCACAAUAUUUUACUUUACGAAGAAAAAUUGUUUCAUUUUGAGAGAGGAAUUCGAAAAAAGAUGCAGUCCUUAAUAUGGUUAGUGAUUCUUGUCAUCAAUUGUACGAGUGCUUUGCAAUUAAAAAAAGAAAAUUCGACGAGUGAAAUUGCAAAAGAAUCAUCCGGAUGUUUUUGUGGAAUAUUCAUGGACGGACAGUUAAAAAAAGGAAGCGGAGGACAGCCAAAGGGGGAGGCAAUUUUAUCUCAAAAACAGUCAAUUUCCGGACCUUGCAACUCAAUUGGAAACCGAAUUUGUCUGAAGAGUUGUCUAAAGACUGCUUUAAAGUACAUUUCGAAUGGUGGGGAGAUUUUGUGCGGUUCCCUAGGACGGGACUGUUUUAAAGAACGAGCUCAUUUAUUCAUUAAAAACUGCAAUGACGAGUGGAACAACACAAAUUUAUCGAGGGAAUUUUGCUGCAAGAAUGGCAAUCCAUACAAGUGUUUUGCCCGCUCUGAAUUAAAUUUAGACCAAAAUUCCCGUCUCGGGAAAGAACCUCGUGAUCCAAGAUUAAUGCCUGCCGAGAGUUUGAACCUAUAUUUAGAUUGUGUGUCAACAAAAAAAGUGAAAAAGAAAUUAAUUUCUGAAUUUUUUCCAAAUAACAACAGUAAAUGGAUUUUUCUUUCUUUUGAAAAAAAAGGUGAAGUGAUUUUCAAUUGGAAAAAAAAUUUCCUAAUUAAAAAAUUUAUUGUCAAGAUGAUUAAGUUAUAACCUCCAAGAUCAAGGGCCUUUUUAAUUAUAAUUUAAAUCGUUCAUCAGUUGGCAGAGACUUUGACAUGCAGCGAGUGUGCUUUUGCAAUCCAAAGAGGAAGAGUUACAAAAUUCAAGUGAAUCGUUCAAAAAUUUAAUUGUUCAAACAAAAAAUUCUUUAUAAAAUCCAUUUUUU